UACAGUUGGGCCUGGAUCAGCUCUAGUAGACUACGCCCGUCAUACGGAAUAUCUGCUUUCUGGAGCCGGUCAGGGAUUCCUGUUAUUUACGGCGCACGUGGUCUCCGCAGGCUGUGAUUGGACAGAGACCGAACGAGCCUCACGGUGGCGAGCUGUCCAGAUGGAUGAAUACAGAACAGCCGGUGGGGAGGCAGCCGCCGGUUACACCCUCCCUUCUGCAACAACCGAGACAGGCGGAGAAACUCACAGCGUUAGCCCCUUGUCCCGCGUGCAGUAUAAAUUAACCGGAGUGAUAAUUGCAUUUUCGUUUGAUCUCGUUCGAUUACAAAUACUGACUGGGAAAAUCUAGUUUAUUGUGCAAUUAGAUUGUAUGAAACAAACCCGGAUAAAUAAAGCAGGUAGCCGACGAUAAAAUCGUUAUUAUCAAGUUCGCAGCACAGCAUAUUCGGUAGAAAACUUUGCUUCUGAGUCCAGAAUAUUUGACGGGUGAAACGAUGGGGCCGAGACUCAGCAGACGGAGCAGCCUGGACAAUGAAAUUAAAAUUCAGAAGAACGGACGCCAGCGCGGGGGCAGCUGCGGGGAAGCCGGUGGGAGUGGAAGCUGUGUCGGUGGAGAUUUUGUGUUUACUUCCUUGAUACUGAAUUCCGACAAUCUGCCGGAUAUUCUGCGGAAGAGCCGCCCUAACCCCUAUGUCCGGAGAGUGGCUUGGGUCCGGGAGAUACAGAAGCUUCUGCGCGAGCACAAGGUGGAACAGGCGUGCGACGUGCUCAAAUUACUCAGAAAGGACCUUGGCCUGGAGGGGACCUCGCUGAACGAUGUCCUGCACAGGAAUGCCUCCUUCCUCAACCUGGUGGACCCCAUUUCCCAUGAGCUCCUGCUCACCCUGGCCCGGGACCUGCAGUGUCCCAAACCGGACUCGGAUCGCCUGAAGAGCUCCAGUAAGAUCUGCAGGCAGCUGGUCUACCACCUGAGCCCCCACUCCAAAUGGCUCCAGCAGGGCAAGGCGGGGCAGGGCGGGGCCGGGCAGGGGGCGUGGCAGGGCAUGCCCAAGAGGAAGGCUCAAGUCUGUGUGAAGACGGCCCUGCAGCAGAAGCUCGCGGGCGACACGCUGGAUCUGUCCAGCCUCCCGCUCUCCGGCCGGGACCUCCACCGCGUGGCCCGCUAUCUCCACGGCAACGGCGAGGGCGUGGCGGCGCUGGACCUCAGCUUCACGGGCCUGCGGGACGAGCAGCUGGGGGCGCUCCUGCCCGCCCUGGCGGCCCUCCCCGGCCUGGCCGCCAUCGCCCUCAACGGCAACCGGCUGACCGCGGGCGCAGCCCGGCAGCUCGCCGACGCGCUCAAGGACCCCGCCCGCUUCCCCCGCCUGGCCUGGGUGGACCUGGGCAACAACGUGGACGUCUUCACCCUGCCCCAGCCCCUCCUCCUCGCCCUGCGCCGCCGCCUGGGCCUGCGGAGCGGCCUGACCACCAUCUACGAGCGAGGGGAGGAGCAGGGGGAGGAGCAAGGGGAGGUGGAGCAGGGGGAGGAGCAAGAGGAAGAGGAGCAGGGGGAGGAGCAGGAGGAGGAGGAGCAGGGGGAGGAGCAAGGGGCGGAGUAUGGGGAGGAGCAGGAGUGGGGGGAGGAGCAGGAGAGACGGGAGGAGCAAGGGGAGGAGCAGGGGGAGGAGCUUUGGGACAGACCAGAGAUGGAGGAGGCUGGCGGUGGGGUUGAGGUCAGGACCACGCCCCUCAGCAUCAUAGGCCCAUGCUAUGAGAGAUGA